AUGGUGACGAGAGAAGAGGCCAAGCGGAUCGUGGAGAAAGUUGGCAAGCAGCAAGGAUACAUCAGCGAGACCAGAUGGCGGCGUAUCCAAGAAUGGGACCAAGAAUCGUUCGAGGACGUUCGGGAGAGUAUGCACAAUAUGCGGAAGGUUGCCAGUCAAUCCAUUAAAGCGCUUGCCAGCAACAUCUACGGGAGCAACGCGCGCUUCUUUUUCGAGCUUCUGCAAAAUGCUGACGACAACUGCUUCACCCGCGCAAAAACCCAUGGCUCACAGCCUUUCUUCAACUUCGAUCUUCGCCCUGACCAUAUCAUCGUGGAUUGCAACGAAGACGGUUUCGAAAAAAAGAAUUUGGAAGCCAUCUGCACCGUCGGCGAUAGCUCCAAAACGACUUCACAUGGCUAUAUCGGGAACAAGGGCAUUGGCUUCAAAUCCGUGUUCAUGGUGGCUCGAAAAAUAAACAUUGAGUCUGGUCCAUACUCUUUCCGUUUUGAGAUUGAGAGUCGAUCAGAUGGCCUUGGCAUGAUCACACCAAUCUGGACAGACCUUCCUGCACCCGAAUCGAAUCGGUCUGGAACGCGAAUGACGCUGUACCUCCAUCCCGAUGGAAAUGAGCAAUUCAACCAUGACAGUCGUUCUACAAUCGUUGAGCAGCUCGAGUCCCUGGACCCAACAUGCCUGCUGUUUCUAAAAAAUCUCAAGCAGAUGAACAUCACUAUCUGGGAUGUGGAUGGCAAAACCAACCGCUCAAAGACCUUCCAUCUGGAUGAAGUGCCCAACGGCGUAGUCCGUCUUAAAGCUACAACGGCAAGCUCACAGGGUGCCACGCAGGAAUCAUUGAAGCAUUAUCGUAAGAUUUCUCGUACAUUCACUGGACUUCCGGUCAACGUGUGGAGAUUCAACAAGAAUUUGGAGGCUGCAUCUACUGAAAACCGAUCCAACAAGGACUGGAAAACUGCUAUGGAGAAGCUUGAACAGAGCGCUGAAGUCGUGCUCGCAUUUCCUUUGACCGAAGACGGCAUGCCCUUGGAACAACGACAACAGCUAUUUGCGUUCCUACCCAUGAGCAAGUCGGACUACGAUUUCAUCAUCCACACCGACUUUGUAACCAACGCCAGUCGGGAGCACAUCGUAACGUCAUCACCAAGAAAUCAAGCUCUCCGGGUCCAUAUUGCCACCACAUUCGUGGACGCGAUCAAGCAGUUCUGCGACGAAGACUCCGCGCUGCGUUACCGCUGGCCUGCCUUUCUUCCUGCCAAAGAAGAUACACACGACCAGUUCUGGAAGGUACUGAAUGAUGAGAUCGAGCGACAGAUAUCUCAAAGCACUGUCCUUGUGUCACGCAACAAGCAGCAGUUGCGAACUAUCGAUCAAGUCUUUGAAGUUGCGGACGACUUUAUCGAGGAAGAUGGGACUCCUUUGCUUGACGACCCUAUCACAGAUCCAUUUCUGUCGCCCUCAUACCCAUCCUCUGCGCUCCAAUCACUCCAAGAAUAUGGCCUGGAACCUUCAACGUUUGAACUCGCCGUAGACCUAAUUAGGAAAGAUCUAAAUUCUUUUCACAAGUCCAAGAUCAGGGAUCAAUCGACGUCGGAGGACUGGCACUCUAGACUGGCACGGCUAGUUGUGAAAGAUGAAGACACUAUCGACGCUUUGAAAUCCAUUGCCGUAAUCCCACUUCGAAGCGGGGAUUGGGCUUGCGUGGCAGAUGGGCCUGUCUUCUUCCCGAGUACGAAGGGCUUUGCCAUACCGGCAGGGCUUCCAUUACAGAUGAUUGACCCGACCGUAUUGGCCAAUACGGCCCGGAAGGCUUUCUUCACAAGAUUGGGGGUUGAAGAGCCUCAGGUCAACCAAGUAAGAGCUGCAAUUGUGAGCGCUUACGCCGGGCAAGAUCCUUCCCAACCGGGUGUCAGCAAAGAGACAUCCUUGGCUCAUUUACACUACCUCUACCAGACACGGCAAACCGCAUCGACAUCGGCGACUGACUCGGAGAGAAAACUUGACGAUCUCAGAACUCUGAUGGAUCGUCUCGAGCUCCGACAAAUCUUUGUGCAUGCCAAAUCCAAGUCAAUCGUCUUCCCGCAUCAGACCGAUGUCUAUCUACCAGGACGCCGUCCUUUUGGGGCAGAGCUUUUUCUCCUCGCAGCAAAUCUAAACGUGCCGGGUUUCGAUUUGCAAAUACUGGAUCCGGUCUACCUGCAGCACCCUCCUUCUACAAGCGGAAGUAUCUCUUGGAGCACCUGGCUUUGUAACGAUCUUGGAAUACGUGAGAGUCUCAGACUCGUCGAUCACUCUGGAAAAUCGCUUUCGAGUGUAUGGAACUACAUGGCAGAGCACAUGCCAUCGAACCUCUUGCCCGUGUUCCAGCAUCGUUGGAAUGAUGUGAAAUCAACCUUCAUCGACAGUGAGGUCUUGCGAACGCAAGUCAAGAACACCUCGGCCAGGGAACUUUGUCGCUGUGUACAGCCGCCAGCUUGCAAGCUUCAAGAAACGUUCUUGCCCACCCCAGCCCUGCUGGAGACCUUUAAGCGGUUUGCAUAUUAUGAUCAAGCUUUUCCAUUCCUCCGCGUUGAAGCUGCCGAAUCAUCGGAUUGGGACUUUUUGGUCCACCACUUCUCCGUCAGGAGAACGUGUGACCUCGACUUUCUUCUUGCGAUCCUCUCUUGGAUCAAGAAGGGCAAUCCUGCAGUCCUCAACGAAGAGAAGCAACAGAGACUGCUCAAGCUCUAUGUUGCCAUCAGAGCACAGUGCGUUAGUGACGGGUAUCGCGCCGACACAAAACUCAGAAUCAGGACUGAGAUAGAGGAAGGCCAGCUGCUUUAUAUUCCAGCCUCCGGAAGUCGAUCUUUCCAUUGGUCAACACCUUCUCGCUGUCGCCUUGAAGGCCCCGCAGGCAUGCUCACCAAAGACUCCAUAUUCCUGGAUGCAGUACCCUCAGACGUGCCUAAAGGAGAUCUCACGGCAUUCUACAAGGAUAUUCUUGGCAUCUCCAGCGCCAGCAUGAACGACCUGCUGGAUGAAUUGUCAGCGCUUCAUCAAUUUGACGUUGAUUUCGACCACGUCCUUGAUGUCUACCGACGCUUGGACAAGAUGACCAAGGGCAAAUCUGAAGGUUACCUAAACCAACAAUUCGAGCUUCACCAGAUGAUCUUCAUUGAUCGCCAGCAACGCCGCUGGUACAAACCAAGCGAGUGCCUUUGGACAUCCACCACCAAGAUCAGCGGCAAAAUAGUGCUCAGCGAUCAAAAUGAUCAUUACAAAGACCUACGAGAUUUUUUCAUAAAGUCUGUUGGUGUAAGGCUCUUGACACUGCGUAUGGUGUAUGACGAGCUCAUCCACUCGAGCAAUGGCAAAUCAGCAGACGAGCUGAAAAGCACGAUCCGUUCAUUGAACGCGCUCUUACUGACCGACAAUGAAAGUCUCGACCCUAAGCCGUUGUUACAGCAACCCAUCUUUGCUGUGCGACAUGGCAAUGGAUCGUCUGAGAAAGUCUCUGUUGCCACCGAUUUUGCCAUUCCGGACCGUGAGGACCUGGCGAGUCAUUUUAAAAACAAAGUCACGAUGCUCGCUUAUUCCUUGGAGGAGAUUGUCCGACUCAGGCCAUUCCUGGAGUGGGCUGGUCUAACUACCCGGUAUCUGUCUGUCUCGGUGAAGGAAAACACCUCAGUUGUUGACGGUGGCGCUCGGGAAAUCUUGAGGUCAGAUCGGGAUUUGAAACGGAAAGCUCACGCACUUCUGCGCAUCGCCGCAACAUUCAACAGCCCAAGAUGGCAGACGGAUCAAUCUGCCCUGUACGAAGCUUUUCACAAGACUAAAGUCUUGGAGACUGACGCGAUAUCGUCCCUGUUGACGCUCCGUCAGAACGGUCAGACUUUUGAGGUAGUCCUCAACGCCGGCGACAUGCACAUUGAUGACAAGCAGAACAACCUGGAUAUCUACGUUCCCCGCAGCAGAAAGGCCCAGGACAUAUGCUUCAACUCAGCACUGCCCAAGAAUCUAGCCAGUUGGUUGAUGCAACACCCACGGACACAUGUCAUGGAGCCUGUGGAUAAUGAGCUGAUCAUUGUAUUGACCUCAUGCCUGAGUAACAGCCGGUCUGUUGUGGAUUCUCUUCUGGAGCGUCAUCGUAUUAUUCAAAUCUCGGUACCCAACGAGGACGGCGAAAGUGGUGAUGAAGACGCAGCCGGGGAGGGCAAUCCAGGGGUCAACGGAAGAAACGAGACAAUGGGAAGAGACAACCCGGAAUCGGAACUUACUGAUACGCUUGCGACCUUGUCGUUGGAAGAAAAUAUAUACAACGUCACACCAAGGCGCUCCUUUGGAAACUCAGACGAUUCAAACUCUAGCCCCAUCGCCCCGUCGAACGCAGAACGGACGCUAAGCAGAGAUUCGGAGCUCUCCUCCGACACUGACACAGUGACAUCGCGAGCAGUAUCGUCCUUCCAGUCACGAUCGAGUCUACAGCCUUCGCUUCAUCGGCCAUUUGUCUUUGGACCUAGUGGUCGAAGUGCAGAUGUACAAGGCCGCGCCUCGGGGGCCCCUGGAUCAGCUUCGCCAUUUGCGUUUCAAUUCGCCACCGAUGGCGAGGACAGAGGGUACCGUAAGAUGCUUGAACGGGUUGUCGACUGUGAAAGGAGAGCGGCUUUCCCAUACAUUGAAGUUUUAGCCUUGACUUCGAGUGCCAAUGCUCUUCAAGGGAACUUUCCGCUCGAACAAUACGAUGGCUUGGACAACACGAGCGUAUUUCGUUCUGAAUCGCAGCUGGAAAGGAACAGAAAAGUCGGCGCCGCAGGCGAACUCUACGUCUACGAGCUUUUGUCUAAUCUUUCUCGACCUUUGCAGGGUUGGAGCAGAGACAAUUGGAAAAGCAAAAUCCGUGACAAAGUCAACUGCCACGCCGACUAUUAUGAUUUGGAAGCCUGGACCGGCAGCGAAACCGCCGACCUCGUGUACAAGGAUACACAUGGUGACUUGACCGAUCUGCUGUGUGACAAGGGCUACCUCGAUCACAUUCACGAGGAGCAGAGGAGGAUCACCGGAAUUGAGUAUCUGAUCGAGGUCAAGACCACCACAGGAGCGUAUGACACGCCGUUCUACAUGAGCGGGGGCCAGUAUCAAUUGAUGCAAAACGCGUACUCUGUCAACAGCGCGCGAAGAUACAUGGUCGCAAGGGUUUUCAAUGUUAACAGCAGUAACAUUGGCAUGAAAGUGUAUGUGAAUCCCGAACGCUUGAGAUUGAGUGGAGACUUGGUGUUCUCCGAGCGGACUUACUCUGUGGUCCCGCGACCAUCGUGA